UGGGCCUAACGGGUUAGUCUUUUUGACGUCAUCGGGAUUGACAACAGAGAGCAAUGUGAUGGCACUUUUUGUGACGGAAGGUCGUCUCGAUUUCCGGAUAAAUGUUGGAGAAAGCAGAGUUGUAGUUGUUAGUCCAGAUUCGAUAUUGUUGUGUACGUGGAUUAGAGUGGAACUCAGAUACAAUGGCGAGUUAUACAUCGAUGGCAAUCUGGUUGCAUUCGAUCAAUCUCUCGGUUUUCCAGCAGAUUUCCAACCACAGUACACUUUUCUAGGAGGCAUUUCAGACCCCAAGUUUGCUACAGUCGACGGACCCCAUGAAGGUUUUCUCGGUUGUAUCAAGGCACUGUCAAUCGGUGGAAGAGAAAUACACAUCAACAGUGGCGACAUCAUAUCAAGUCGAAACGUAGGCCAAUGCUCUACCGACCCAUGUGCAAACGAGCCAUGCUCUAAUAACGGAGUGUGCCAAGACACCGGGUCAUUGACCACAGAUUUCAAAUGUAGUUGUGUCAGUGAGUUUACGGGUACGACAUGUGAGGUGUCAAACGCAUGUGGCAGCAGUCCUUGUUUCCAUGGAGGAGUAUGUCAUUUAGACGAGGCAAGUUCGGUCGGAUACCGAUGUGUUUGCACGGCAUUGUACGUCGGACCACAGUGCGAAACACCAAGUGGCAUCUCUUCUGGUACAUUGUUGUCUUAUUAUGGCGACUCAUCUAGUGUGUGGAUGAUUCCUGCUCGCGACAUGUCACAGGAAACGCAUCUUACUGUAUCCGUGAAGCCAAGCGUGGAUAGUGUCACUGGAUUCAUUGCAUGUUUGGGUCAAGCCGAUAGUGACUUCAUGACUCUUUUCGCCGAAGACGGAUUCGUUAAGGUUGCGAUGGAUCUCGGAGGCGAACAGCCACUCACUUUGAGUAAUCAGAAUCGUCUGCAAGUAGGACAGUUUUCUCAUAUUGAGGUGCAACGCACGGGACGCGACAUUCAGUUGACUGUGUCCGAUCGUUUAACCGUCUCUGGGUCGUACACGCCAUCAUUUGUUGAGCUAAAUAUUGGAAACCAAUUGUAUAUUGGAGGCGUACCUUCUUCUCUACUGAGCAAUGAGCAAAAGUCGGCCAUUGGCAUUAGUAUGGGUUUCAGAGGUUGCAUUGGGAAUGUGACCGUAAAUCAACUGGUGCCUCACAUUGCUGACUUGUUUUCGAGCUCUAAUGUGGCCAUAUGUGACAUUGAUGUCUGCAGUAGUUUUUCAUUGUGUCAAAAUGGUGGUACGUGUUUGUCGUUCGGCAACUCGGUUGUUUGUCAAUGUGAGGGGAAGUAUCGAGGAGUGGGAUGUGGGCAGCUGUUUGAUCCGUGUUCUAGUCUCGCUUGUCAGUCUGGAUCCACGUGUGUUGAGACUACAGACGAUGCGGUUUGUGCAUGUGCAAUCGAGAAAUCAGGGAAACUAUGCAAUGAAGAUACAAUUGUAAUCAUUCCCAAAUUUAGUAGUUUGUUGCAAUCUUUUAUGUUGUUUGAUGCUCUACCAUCUACCAUCAGACAGUCAGUGCUUGUGUCCAUCACGUUUAAACCCGAAGAGAAGGACGGCCUUCUCAUCUAUUCCAGCCAAGCAAGUGUGAGGCUGGUUGACUUUGUAUCACUUGGUCUUUAUGAUGGGUUUGUUGAGUUUUGGUAUAAUUUGGGUUCUGGGACUGCAGUGUUGCGAAGCAGAGAGCGAGUUGGUCUCAACCAGUGGCACAGUGUGACAGCAGUUCAGACAAAUGGAGAAGGAACUCUAGUUGUGGAUGGUGACCUGCCAGUAACUGGUUCCAGCCUUGGCACCUCAUCACUUCUAGAUCUAUCAUCAAACUUGUUUGUAGGUGGUGUUGAAGUCUUGUCGCAGGUAACAGAAGCUGCAGGCCUCACUUCUGGUUUCUCUGGGUGUAUCAGCGACCUAAAGAUCAACACAAUUGUCUACAAUCUUACAUUCAAUGGACGACAGUUACCGAAUGGCUUAACAGGUCGUGCCGUGACUAACUGUAUGGAUCACCCAUGUGAUUCACUAAUGUGUCAGAAUGGUGGAACAUGCACCAAUAUGAACAACCUCGACAGCUAUUGCUGCGUCUGCCCUGAUGGCUAUAUCGACAAAUUCUGCCAGACACAGACAACAAAUCCUUGUGUUGAUGAAAUCAACGGUGGAUGUCACACCAGCAGCACUUGCCUAUUUGACCCACAAAUGCGGACACCUCAGUGUCGAUGUCCGUUCACUCCAGAUCACAGAACAGGAGAGUUUUGCAAUCAAAUUGGUGACUUUGUGGCAUUCAAGUUCAAGGGGAGCAGCUUUAUCGAGUUUCCUACUCCGCCUGUUAAUCCUCGGACGACGUCAAUGACAUUCAGUGUAUCUGCUCAAGAGGUCAAUGGUCUCAUCUUGUACAUGCAGCCGAUGUCAAAUGUUCGAGAUUUUUUGGUGGUUGGGAUUACCAAUGGGAAUAUAGAGCUCAGGCUGGAUCUUGGUGGUGGUGCUACUCGAUUACUCUCUACAGUCAACAUUACUACUCCCUCAAACACGUGGCAUUCAGUGAUGAUAACAAGAAACUCUCGACUCUCAACACUUACCGUCGACAAUCGUACAGUUACAGCUGCUACUCCAGGCUCAGAGGUCGGGCUUACUGUUGCUGAUACUUUCUUCAUCGGGGGUAUUCCAGUCGAGACACUAAAUCUCAGUGAGUACGACACAUUUCUUGAUGGAAUUUAUACCAAAGGUCUCGUUGGUUGCCUACGAGACAUCAACAUCAAUGGCUUGCUAUUUGAUGCACAAACCAAUGCGAUUCGUGGUUUGGAUGUUGCAAGUUGUGAUGAGAGUUGAUUUCUUAACGUUUGAUUUUUCGACUAUUUCCGGGUUGGAAGCAAUAACAGAUUGGAUGCUUGCAAUGUGUGUGUUUCUACAAAAUUAGUUUUGCGGUAACUAGAAUGUAAUUGCAAAUUUACAAUCUUAGUAAGUCACCUAAUUUGUGUUAAA